UCCAGAGAGAGAGAGAGAGAGAUGGCGGGGAACGGCGGAGAGUUCAGCUUCUCGAGCGAGGCGACGGCGGCGCGUGAGGCACUGCCGAAGAUAACGACGGAGAAAUCGAGGGGAGACGAGAAGGACGUCUGUCACGACGGAAGCACGAGCUCUGUUAGGGUUCAGACAAUCGACGAACUCCAUAGACUGCAGACCAAGAAAUCUGUUCCAAACACUCCAUUGAAAGGCGCCUCCGCCUCUGCCAGUGGGCCCUCCACCCCCGUAUCCGAGGAGACCAUGCUCCAAUCCGUCAGUGCAUCGCUGGCGUCGAUGACGAGGGAAAAGGGGCCGAUGGUGGUGAAGGGAGAUCCGGAGAGGGUAUCAGAGUCGGCGGUGAAGGUGUCGCACGUGCCGGCGCCGACAAUAGCAGUGAGCGACAGUGCCUUGAAAUUCACGCACGUGCUCUAUAACCUAUCGCCCGGGGAGCUGUACGAACAGGCCAUAAAGUACGAGAAAGGAUCAUUCAUUACAUCAACUGGAGCUUUAGCUACCUUGUCCGGAGCCAAAACUGGUCGCUCCCCUAAGGAUAAGCGUAUCGUUAAGGAUGACACUACCGCCUCUGAGCUUUGGUGGGGAAAAGGUUCACCAAACAUCGAAAUGGAUGAACAGACCUUCAUGGUCAACCGAGAGAGAGCUGUGGAUUACUUAAAUUCUUUGGACAAGGUAUUUGUGAACGACCAGUUCUUGAACUGGGAUCCAGAGAACAAAAUCAAAGUCAGGAUAGUCUCCGCAAGAGCUUAUCAUUCUCUGUUCAUGCACAACAUGUGUAUCCGCCCGACGCCGGAGGAGCUGGCGGAUUUCGGGACGCCGGAUUUCACGAUCUACAACGCCGGAAGGUUUCCAUGUAACCGUUACACUCAUUACAUGACGUCUUCGACGAGCAUUGAUAUCAAUCUCGCCAGAAGAGAGAUGGUGAUUCUCGGAACUCAGUACGCCGGAGAGAUGAAGAAGGGACUGUUCGGUGUCAUGCAUUACUUGAUGCCCAAGCGACAGAUUCUGUCUCUUCACUCUGGCUGUAACAUGGGCAAAGAUGGCGAUGUCGCCCUCUUCUUCGGUCUCUCUGGUACCGGAAAGACGACAUUGUCGACGGAUAACAACAGGUACUUGAUCGGAGACGACGAGCAUUGCUGGACUGAUACGGGUGUUUCCAACAUCGAAGGUGGUUGCUACGCCAAGUGUAUCGAUCUAUCCAGAGAGAAAGAACCUGAGAUCUUUAAUGCCAUCAAGUUCGGAACUGUUCUGGAGAAUGUGGUGUUCGACGAGCAUACCCGUGAAGUGGAUUAUACAGACAAAUCAGUCACUGAAAACACACGUGCGGCUUAUCCAAUCGAGUACAUACCGAACUCGAAGAUCCCAUGUGUCGGGCCACACCCCAAGAACGUGAUUCUGUUGGCAUGCGAUGCCUUCGGGGUGUUGCCGCCAAUCAGCAAACUUAACCUAGCUCAGACCAUGUACCAUUUCAUUAGUGGCUACACCGCUCUGGUUGCGGGAACAGAAGAGGGGAUAAAGGAGCCACAGGCGACAUUCUCAGCUUGCUUCGGUGCUGCAUUCAUCAUGCUUCAUCCCACCAAGUAUGCUGCCAUGUUGGCCGACAAGAUGCAGAAGCACGGUGCUACCGGUUGGCUCGUCAACACCGGUUGGUCCGGUGGCAGCUAUGGCUCCGGAAGCCGUAUCAAGUUAGCAUACACCAGGAAGAUAAUCGACGCCAUUCAUUCGGGCAGUCUUCUUAAUGCAAAAUACAAAACGACAGAGAUCUUCGGACUGGAGAUCCCGACAGAGGUUGAAGGAGUGCCGUCUGAGAUUCUGGAUCCUAUCAACGCUUGGUCGGACAAGGCGGCUUACAAGGAGACACUGCUGAAACUGGGCGGUCUGUUCAGGAAGAACUUCGAGACUUUCACGAGCCACAGGAUUGGUGAGGAUGGGAAGUUGACCGACCAGAUUCUCGCUGCUGGUCCCAACUUCUAAGCUCAAAAAGGGCAAUGAUGAACGGUUCAUUCAUUUCAAGCCAACGACAAAUAUUGAUUUAAACUAGUAUUUAUUUUUCACCCCUUCUUUCUUGUGCGUGUGUGGUGGACAAAAUACAUCACCAGAAGAAGGAAAGAAUAAUUUGACAGUAUACGGAUGAGGAAGCCUUUGUCUGGCCCUCUGAUUUUUGUUUCACCAAAGUUCUCUUGUGAUUCGAGGGAAUCCUUGUAUGGAGUCGGUGUGGUAAGUCCCCAUGCUUGAUUCUCGAGCUUCGGUUGAGGAUCGAGGUUUAUGUGGUUAAUUAAUCUUCACUUUUCACA